CACACCUGAGUCAAGCUCUCAAGGACUGGACUUGAACACCCCUGCUGUCGAUGGACGUCAUUAUCUUUAAAUUCCAAUGUUAUCCGCAUACAACUAUCAGCCAGUCUGUAUUGACAUUAUGGUCCUUGGGGGAAAGGUGUGGUUUUGUGAAAACCAAUGGUUCACAAAACCACCUUUCCCCCAAAGACCACAAUGUCAACUGACAUCUUCUCUCCUUUUAUAGCUCCUCUCCAUAGAAGCUACAUUUUGUGUGCCAUUCUGUUCGACUGUGAUUCCUUCCUGGAGGAGGACAUCAGCUGAGAUGAUGCUGCCACCAAUUAAGUUGGUCAUGACAGAUGGCUGCUUGUAUUGAGUCAGGUUCUGGUUCUGCUGGAGGUUUCUUCCUGUUAAAGGGGAGUUUUUCCUCCCCAUUGUUGCUACAUUCAUGCUCUGUAUGAGAGUUUGCUGUAAUGUCAACGACACGAUGCAAGCAGUUGUCACCACAGGAGGAAUUAAUUCUGCAAGUCAAUGACUCGAUGCAAUCUGUGGGGUUUUCUUGGAUACAAACUUUUUAAACCACUUGUGCCUUGAGAGAAUAUUUCUUGUGAAUUGGCACCUUGAUUAGUGUUCAGCUCAGGCAAACAGUCCAUGAUACUUGUGAUUAUGACUUGGUAGAGAGCAGCUUUUCUCAUUUUCUUUUCUCAUGUUUUCACUUGGUUUCUUCUCUCCUUUCUCUUCCAGUUUUUUGCUUGAGUUUCAUACUGCCACAUGUGGCACUUGUAGAAGUGACUUCUGAACCACUUCUUAUCCUCACUUUGUCAUAUGCCUAAACCUUGUAAAUGUAUAAUUUUGUCAAUAUCUUUGGAAAACUAGAAAAUGUCUUUUAAGAUUUUGAUUUAAGGGUACAGAAAAGUUGUUUAAAUUCAAUCAAUACCACCUAUGUACACAGGGGGGCAGUAGAUAAAAUAUACGGACAUAGUUAUCCAGAAGACUAGAUCGUAAUUUCCGGUUCUGUUAUGUCGUGUUGGCGGGAAAUGCUUGCUGUCAGCAGUUUUGAGAAGAAACGGACUACAUUCUCCAUGUCGCGGGUCCUGAACGGAAUUGUGGCGGUGUGCCCCAACCUGGGCAUUGGGAAAGAUGGGAAGCUGCCCUGGCAUCCUAUUCGACUCAGCAACGAAUUCGCUCAUUUCCGAAAGAUGACAGCCACACCGUCAGUAGCAGGCAGGAAGAAUGUGGUGAUCAUGGGCAGGAAGACCUGGUUCUCAAUCCCAGAGAAGAACAGGCCACUGAAAGGCAGGAUCAACAUCGUCCUCAGCAGGGAGUACAAGGUGCCACCUGCAGGAGCACACUACCUGGCAGCAGACUUCAGCUCAGCUCUGACAUUAGUUGACACAGAACUGGCAGAACAAGCUGACCAGGUCUGGGUUAUAGGAGGAAGCUCUCUAUACAAGGUCAUUUUUUUUCUGCUUUGUCUUAAGUCCCACCCCGAGGUGGAACAUUUGACCUGAGUAAACUACACAUUUU